AUGCGUUUCCAAGAUAUUGGUAUUGCUGCUAUGGUGGCGCCCCUUGUGGCUGCCCAUGGAGGUAUGGAAGGUGUGCCGAAGAUCUUUGGGUUGCCCAGGGGUUUGGAGUCUGACUUCAAGGCUCCCGUCGCUGCUCGCGUGCUGAGGCAUGCUUCGGAGCCCAAGGGUGGACUGCUAGAGACUCGUCAGGGUGGUCAAAACGGUCGAUGUGGUGCUGCUUUUGGAAACGCGAAGUGUGCGACAGGUUACUGCUGCUCGGGUUCAGGAUACUGUGGUACAACGAAGGAUCACUGCUUGGCUCCGGACUGUCAGAUGGACUUCGGUCCUGCUUGCGAUGCCAACAAGGCUCCAGGUGGUGCUACUACACGUAAUGACCCUCGUCCUCAGAAGGGUAACGUUGCGUACGGAGGCGGUGGCAUCUAUACUUGCCAGAAGGCUGGAACCGUUGCCAUUACUUACGACGAUGGUCCAUACAUUUACACUGAGCGCGUCUUGGAUCAAUUCGCUACCUACGGCUUCAAGGCGACCUUCUUCGUGACCGGAAUCAACAACGGCAAAGGAGCCAUUGACACCACAGCUGCCUGGUCUAAUGUUAUCAAGCGCAUGAUAGCUGAGGGUCAUCAGGUUGCCUCCCACACAUGGAGCCACGCGGACUUGAGCAAGAUCAGCGACGCCCAGCGCAUCAACGAGAUGGUCAAGAACGAAAUGGCCAUCCGCAACAUUAUCGGAAAAUACCCCACCUACAUGCGACCUCCUUACAGCUCUUGCAACGCCGCAUGCCAGACGACGAUGAAGAACCUGGGCUACGUCAUCAGCUACUUUGACCUUGACACCGACGACUACAACCAGUUGUCUAACAUUCAAGUUGCCAAGGAUAACUUCAAGAGGAUCCUCGAUUCCACUGCUGGUGGCCCCCAAUCUGGCGACCGUCUGGCUAUUGCCCACGAUAUUCACGAGCAGACUGCGCUUAACUUGACUGGAUACAUGUUGGAAUACCUUAAGUCCAAGGGUUACCGCGGUGUCACCAUGGGCGAGUGCAUGGGCGAGCCUGAGGCAAACUGGUACCGUACAUCCGGCGAAGCUCCUCCCGCAAACGGCGGCGGUAGCGGUAACGGUGGCGGUAGCGGAAACACCCCUGUGUCAACCGAUGGCUCCUGCGGCUCUGGAAAGGGCACGUGUGCUGGUUCGACAUUCGGAAACUGCUGCUCGCAGUACGGAUGGUGUGGCGCUUCAACUGAUCACUGCGGCGCUGGCUGCAACUCUGCGUUCGGUACCUGCACCACAGGUGGCGGCAGCGGUGGCGGCGGCGGCAGCACGACUCCUGGAAAGAAGGUUUCUACAGAUGGAACUUGCGGAGUCCAAGGUGGAGCUACUUGCGCCGGUUCGACGUUCGGAAACUGCUGCAGUUCGUAUGGGUGGUGUGGUUCCACCACUGGACAUUGCGGUAGUGGAUGUGAUACUUCCUCCGGUACUUGCACCAAGUAA